AAGCUGACAACAAACCCCCACAGUGGUAAAACUGUAAUUCUCUACUACUUCCAAGCCUGUUUCUGUCAAUUGAAUUCUCUCCCCAUUCUUUGUUUAAUCAUGUCCAAUCUUUGCUGCACACUUCCCACCAUUUUUCUUCUUCAUCUAAGCAGUGAGCAAAUACCAUUGUCAGCACUGAAACAAAACAGCACCACUUCAACUACUCAAACCAUAUAACCUUCACAAAAAGUCUUUUUAUCCCCAUAAAAACGCACAAACACAGUGUGUGUGUGACGUAACAAGAACUCUCUGAAAAGUUUUGAUCUUUGCUUCACUAUACACUCAAUAUUCAUUUUUUCCUUAGAUUCUUUCUUGGGGUUUUUCUGAAAAUGGAGAAAAUUGUGGUUGUUGUUAACUGUGAGCUUAAAGCUUGUGGUAUUGUGUAGUUUCCUGUAAAGGGUGUACUCAGUUUUACUAUCUACAGAGAAAAGUCUUAGCUUUUCUCAUUUUCUUCUCUUUCACUUUCUCUCCUCUUUCUUUUUACCACUAGAAUGGAUUGCAGGUGUAUGAUAAUAGUGAAUUUGGAUCCACAAAGGAAAAGAAGUGGUGGAUUGAGAACUAAACAGGCAGGUCGUGGGUCUUGCAGGGGAAGUUAGACAUUUACUGCAAAAACAGUGAAAAAGAACUGUCUUUUCUCUAUUGAGACAUCCAUAUAUGUAAUAUUUUGCUUUGGUGUCUUUUGUGGAUACAUACACACACAUCAAAUUUGCUAUGGGGUACUUGCUGAAAGAGGUUUUGAAAACUCUGUGUGGAGUAAACCAGUGGUCUUAUGCUGUUUUCUGGAAGAUUGGUUGCCAAAAUACCAAGCUUUUAAUUUGGGAAGAAUCUUAUUAUGAAACUUCAACAUUCUCUAAUAUUCAUGGAACCUCUGGAGUUGAGAAUCCAGAACUAGCUUUCCAAGAUUGGAGUGCUUGUUGGGUUUCUGGCGGGGUUCAAAAUUCUCAGCUUCUGAAUCAAGCAGGGGAGAGCUUGCAUUUGCUUGUAAACAAAAUGACGACGGACAAUCAGUUCAAUCUAGUAGGAGAAGGACUAAUUGGCCGGGCUGCAGUCACGGGAAACCAUCAGUGGAUUCUUUCGAAGGGUUUAAGUCGAGACGCUUAUCCACCAGAGGUUUUGAAAGAGCUUUGUCAACAAUUUUCAGCUGGCAUACAGACAAUUUCAGUUAUUCCUGUUCUUCCUCAUGGCAUUGUUCAAUUUGGUUCAUACUUGCACAUAAUGGAGAAUAUGGGAUUUGUGGAGGAUGUGAGAACGCUAAUAAGUCAACUAGGAUGUGUCCCCGGUGUUUUAUUAUCUGAUGAGAAUGCAACAACAGAACCUGCCCUAACUUCGAGACCAGUUUACCUUGGCAGUUCAGUCUCAACGGAAUAUUGUGGGAGAGCCAAAGUAGUGAACUCCACUUCAAUAACCGACAAGGUUAACUCCAUUCAGACUGAGGGUUUCAUUGGUCAAACUUCUUCUUCUUUGGCUGAUGCAACAUUUCAAGGCUCCAAUAUCACUCAAAGUUUUGCUGACUGCCAUGAUGACCACUUUCACAAGAAAAUUUUGCCAGAAGUGAAACCAUACAUGUACCUAAACAGCCAGCUGACAAAUAAUAUGAUCAAAACUGAGGUAAUUCCUCCAAACCCCAACAUAUGGACGAAGCAACAGGCUUCGCAAUACAUUCGAAAGCCACCAUUCUGUCAGGAAUCUUCCGUUGGCUCAUUAACUCUAGAUAGUGGCAGCAUAAUGUUAACUGAACAACAGAUCUCUGCUGAAAAUAGUUUUGCAAAAAGCAAUUUAACUCUGCCAAAUGGCUUUGGAGCAUCUCAGGCAAGAGCUGAUCAUGUUGUGAUGUCCAAGUUUUAUGAAAAUUCUAUUCUUCCAUCCACUGGAGUAACUGAAUUGUGCGAAGAGAGUAUUGGAAAUGGGCCUCCAAUUGGUUCUUCUGAACUGAAGGCAUCUUCUUCAUAUGAUGUGGACCGUGUGAUUAAUAAUCAUUCUUUGGAUGGGCAAGGUGCAGAAUAUCUGUUGGAUGGGAGCAAGAGAAUGGUAGAAAAUGAUUUGUUUCAAGCACUCGGUGUUAUGUUAACACAGAAUGAACAGCCAAGUUCAAGUGAGUGCAUUCAAGAUGUCUAUAGUGAAAAACAUGAAUGCGGAGUGCGGAAUCCCUUAUUUGACAAUGCAUAUGGAGAUGUGUAUGUCCAAUGUCAGUCAGGGGAUGACUUGUUUGAUGUUUUGGGUGCUGAUUUUAAGAACAGACUACUAAAUGGCAGCUGGAACAAUGAGCAAAACAAUGAACCAGACUCAAACACAAAGGAUUGGAUUAAGAAUAGCUCGACUUCUACAAUAAGUCGGGAUGCUUCUUCUACCGUCAACCAAGGAAACUCAGAUAGUUGUAUGUUCUCCAUGACUGGUUUUGAUCGUAUUUUAGAUACUAUGGUAUCAAAUCGAUCUGCUAAGCAGAGCCUGGAUGACAAUGUUUCUAGCCGUAUGUCGAUAACAAAUUUGAGCAGCUCCUCUGCCCCUAAUGCUUCAUGUUCCUAUGGCCGAGGUGGGGUCUCCAGUAAAAUUCAGGGAGAGCAAUUUGGGUCUCCCAAGACACUUUCAAAAUCAGGAGCAAUGAGUUCUGGUUCAUUCAGAUCUGACGGCUCCAAAGAAAACACAGGAAUGUGUUCUCAAAGUAGUUCGAUUUAUGGAUCAACGAUCAGUUCAUGGGUGGAAAGUAGUUAUGACACAAAGCCGUCAAGCAGUGUUUCAACAGGUUAUUCUAAAAAGCCGGACGAAAUGGGCAAAACAAGUCGCAAAAGGCUUAAACCAGGAGAGAAUCCUAGACCGAGGCCAAAAGAUCGGCAAAUGAUCCAAGAUCGUGUGAAGGAACUUCGAGAAAUUGUGCCUAAUGGGGCAAAGUGUAGCAUUGAUGCACUGUUCGAACGCACGAUCAAACACAUGCUUUUCUUGCAAAGUGUCACAAAACAUGCAGACAAACUAAAACAGACUGGAGAGUCAAAGAUUAUCAGUAAGGAAGGAGGAUUGCUUUUAAAGGAUAGUCUUGAAGGCGGAGCAACAUGGGCAUAUGAAGUAGGCUCACAGUCUAUGGUCUGCCCUAUUAUAGUUGAGGAUCUGAAUCAACCUCGUCAAAUGCUUGUGGAGAUGCUUUGCGAGGAACGAGGCUUAUUUUUGGAAAUAGCAGACAUUAUAAGAGGAUUGGGUUUGACUAUCUUGAAGGGGGUGAUGGAAACAAGGAGCGACAAAAUAUGGGCACAAUUUGCUGUAGAGGCAAACAGAGAUGUUACGAGGAUGGAGAUAUUCAUUUCACUUGUUCGCCUCUUGGAGCAAACAGCGAAAGGUGGAGCAGAACCAGCCAAUGCUGGUGAUUCAUUCCACCAAACAGCAUCGAUACCUGCAACUGGUAGACCUUGUAGUUUGCUAUGAUCAACAGGUUACUACUGCUUCGCCCGGUAAUGUUAAGAGCAAGCAAAAGAUCCAUGCUUGCCAUGACUAACAUUUACACCAAAAUGAUACUUCCGGUGGUUCUAACGCUAAUCAUCGAUAAUUUUUUUCUCCCAUGAGCCCAGCUGUAUCAGAAAUUUGGAAUUACCUGAAGAUUUUAGCUCUAUCUAGGCACUCUUUCAAGGUGGGUAGAGUAUACCAAUCCAUCACUGGUUGUAAACUUGUAAUAUGCAACAAUCAGACGCUAUAGAAUACCUCUUGUAGGAUGGCUGUUGCUGCUUUGAUUCUUUCCUUAAAUGUGCUAAUUUUUUCGGCUAGAGAAAGAAGAAAAUGCUAGAAUGAAGGAUCAUGUCAUAAAAUUGUGGUUUCUUGGUUUAUUGUAUAGGAAAGUGGAGGUGAUAGAAGGGGUGUUGGUGGAAUUUUAUUAGCUGAUCUUUGUAACUUUAAUGCAAUUUCUGUGUUUUGGGGCUUUCUUUUCUGAUUC